UUGAUCUCUAUUAUUCAUGAACAUUAUGUAUCCUACAAAACUAAGGUUUAGGAUGCAUUCAAAGAAUCACAUAUCCCUCUUUGUAGUAUAUGCCAGUCAACAAGGGAAUGCUCAGGCCAUUGCUCAAGACUUACAUGAAGAAUUAGAAGAGCAUCUGAAAAAUAAAAAUGUUACAACAGCAGUGAAAUGUAUCAGUGAUUUUGGUGAAGAUCCAUCUCUAUUUUCUCAGUGUGACUGUAUCAUUUUCAUUGCUUCAACAACAGGUGACGGAGAUCCUCCUGACACGGCAAAGAAGUUGUGGCGCGUCCUGAACAAAUGCAGCAAGGCUCUCAAUGUAGACCACUUGACUUAUACGGUCCUUGGGUUAGGCGACACCAAUUAUACAAAUUUUUGCAACUUUGGCAAAAAUCUCGACAAAAUUCUACAUAAACUUGGAGCUAAAAGGUUCUAUCCGUGUGGGUGGGCAGACGACGGCACGGACCUCGAGAUCGUCAUAGAGCCGUGGAAGGAAACACUCUGGGCCGCAAUAUCUCAACACGUUUCCGAACUAGCGAUGCACAAAACAUUGCCAGACAAAGACUCCAAUAUGACUCACUUUUCUGCAUCAGUAGCCAAAGCGUCUCUAACGGAGUUCGACAUCCCCCCAUCUCACGAGCGGCAACCUCGAGAAAGGGAAGAUGAAUGUGAUUCCGAUGUGAUAUCUAAGCUCGAUGAACUUUGUGUUGAUGACAUCGACUUGUGUUCCGAGUGUCAUCCUUUACUAAGAUUGGAAUUGGCGAGCGAUAGAAAAUUAGUUCUUCCGAAAAUUCCUACCUUGGAUGCUAUCAUAAUAAAUAUUUCCAAUGAAAUAUAUUCGGCUGAACUGCCUAACAAAUACCAGAACGGGGCCUUGCUUCCAAGUGCCCAAUCAGAUACUAUAGAAUGUGAUAUUUUAAAAUUUCGCAGUCUUAGUAGCGAAACGCCGGGUAAAGCCGUUAAAAAAGUGGCGGAGUUGAUAUUACAACCACCUGCCGCAUGCGAGAACGACCUCAAGUACGAACCCGGUGACAGCGUUGCAGUUCUUACUUACAACAACGAACAUGACGUUAAUAUUGUGCUAGAGAAACUAUCUGUUACAAAACCUGAUAAUAAAUGCAGCCUUGAAAGAAAUCCAGAAUCGAAGAAACCGUUGCCAACGCAUCUGCCAGUCUGUAGCUCGCUCCGAGAGAUCUUUACAAGCUGUGUUGAAAUAAGAUGCGUGCCCAAAAAAGCUGUGCUGUUACAGUUUUUGAAGUGUUGCUCAGACCCUCACGAGAGUAGAUGUCUGCAAGAACUAGUGUCCAGAGAAGGUUCUGAAUUUUACAUAAAGAAGGUGGUCGAAGAUCGAAUUACUUUCAUAGAUCUUCUGUGCGCAUUUCCUUCAUGCAAGUUACAAGUAUCUACACUACUCGAAGUACUGCCCAGGUUACUUCCACGAGCGUACUCUCUGACAAGCACACCUUUGAGCAGUACUCAUUAUUUAUCAUUCGCUUACAGCCUCGCUAUCAUCCCAAAAAGUGCGGUGAGGAUGGAAGAGAGAAAGGGAGUUUGUACAGGUCUGUUCGACUCGCUCAACAGUGCGCAUGUAGACGGUGACAAGACUAGGAAACUGUCUUUGUAUCUUCGCUCAAGUCAGGCAUUUCGGCUGCCGGGUGACCCGACGAGGCCUAUCAUUAUGGUGGGCCCUGGCACAGGCGUUGCUCCGUUCAUUGGGUUCCUAAGGCACCGUGAGCAGCAGCUCCAAAUGGGUAUGUUAGACUUGACAACGAUGGGAGAGACGUGGCUUUUCUUCGGGUGCCGAUUUCGAGACGCCGAUGAGUUGUUCAAGGAAGAAAUUCAACAUUUUGUUAAUACUAAAAUCUUGACUCAUUUUCAUCAAUGUUUUUCAAGAGAGUAUUCGCGAUCCAACUUUGGUCGUCAAAUGCAGCCUCGGUACGUGCAAGAUCUUCUUGAAUGUCACUCUGCAAGACUCACUUCCGCAAUAGCUGAUGAAAAAGCGAUCAUUUACGUCUGUGGAGAUGCAUCUAAAAUGGCAAAGGAAGUACAUUCUACGUUCUCUUCAUUGCUGGCUAAACAUUUUGGAGACGAAACGCAAGCCUCAGAAUACUUGUCACAAAUGCAGAAAGAUAAAAGAUAUAUGCAAGACGUAUGGACCUGAUAUGUACACCGUCCUCACAGAGCACCUCGUAGUGGGCAUUAAAAUAACAUUAGUUUUUAUAUAAUUCUAUUUAAAUGAAUCAAGUUUGUACAUGAGAUCCACAAUAUACGCGUUGAUGGGAAAACUUAA